AUGUAUGUGAAAUGGUUUGAUACAGUAUUGUUUUACUAUGUGAUUUUAGUGUAUUUAGUGAAUGUCACUUUUUGUCAUUUUCAAAUUUCCCGCCGUUCCGUCCCCGUACGUCCUGACAUCGCAGGGAACAGAACCCAGACGACAGAUGCCGGCAUCUGCCGGAGGACAUUACAGGGGACACUGCAGGAGGGACAUCGCAGGAGCGCAGGACAAGGUAAGUGAUCGAGGGAUCCCGGAGGAGCGCCAUAUGGUAAGCCCGAGUGUAGCUCGGGGUUACCACUUUUGCUACACUCGGGAAUACAGUCAGGGAGGUUAAGC